GGCACAACUUCUGAUGCAUGAAGAGCAGGGACUGGAAGUGGGCCGACAUCGAGACCAGGUUGAAGAAGAUGGGCGUGGAUAGGAAGGCCAUCAACUGCGGAAAGAAAUGGGACAACUUGAUGCAACACUUCAAAAAGGAAGCAAGUUCCAGGGCUUGUCAGGGGGGAAGGACUACUUCAAGCUAACGCCAGGGGAGAGGAGGUCGGAGGGCUUCAAUUUUGUCCUGGAUCGGAGCGUGUACGAGGAGAUGGGCGCGAUGACGAAGGGGGAUCACACCAUCUAUCUGAAGAAUGUCGCGGACACUGGAGCGGCGGGCGGGGUCCACAUGCCUGCGAGGCCUGCAACAGGAGCCGAAUCCAUCGCCAGGAAGGGUGGUGGAGAAGCGCAGGAUGACGAACAAGGAUCGACGAAGGAUUCCACAUUCAGCAACGGGAGCGGGGGGGGGUCCGGGAAGAGGAAAAACAUGCAGCAACAGACCUUCGAAGUCAUUCCCGAUGUUAUGGACAAACACGGAACCCUCAUGGCGACCACCAUGGAUAGCGCCAACAAGGGACAGUGCUCCAUGAUGUUGUGGCAGUGCGAGAUCCUGGAGACCGAAGUGGACGUGCAGAGGAGGCAUUAUGAACAAGAUGAGGUGCAACACCCUCCUCGAGAUAGCAAAAGCCAUCCCCUACGACACCGACGACCCAUCGACAACGGCAUGCGGCGGAGGGUGGUGAUGUUCACCCUCUCGUGCAUGCAGGUGGGGCCACAGUCGUCGCCGCGAGUGGGGCUGCAACGUCGCGCGGGGUCGAGAUCAUCGUCGCAGCCGGGGCUGCGACUUCACGCGGAGGCGAGGUCAUUGCCACGGGGGGGGCAGGGGCAUCGCGCGGGCGGUGGGGGUGGAGGGGUUAGAGAAGACGGUGAUCGACAAAGGGAUGGUGGGCGUGCAGAUAACAAGAACGAGCAGGAGGACGACGAACCCCUUGUCAACAGGCUUCGAAGGGGAGGUGUGCUGAAGGAACUGUUCGAGUGGGCGACACUAUGGGUCGAUGACAAGUCUUUCUGGACGAAAGGGGAGGGUCGGCGACUGUACAACAUCAUCGAUGAGACAAACGAAUACUUUGACGCCAUCACCAGUGGCCUUGCUGUGCCAGUAGUGCCCCGCAACGUCAUCAUGCAAAAAACGAGGAUAUCGACGAUCAGGAUCACAAAUCAUGCGCAGCUGCAGCAAGCGCUGAGCCUCGCCACCAAACUAUAGAAUGUCGCUUUGUGCGUUAUCCACGGCUGGGUCUUCAAGUCCGCCAACUUCUCCAUAGGAUACAGUUUUGCGUUCCAGUAC